AACACAUCAGGAAACGUUUGGCUAACAACAUCCAGGUAGCUAGCGAACUUGUAGAUUUGUUUAUUCUUAGUCUAAAUAACUGAGCAAUUGUGUUUUGGACUUUUCAACAUGAUCACAUUCGUUGUAACGAUAUCAGAACGUUGUUGUCACACGUGGAUAUUAACGUUGGCUAAUGGCAGCUGUCCAGUUUAGCUAGCUAGCAAGACAAUUUUCGUUUCCAUAUAACGACGUUAUCUUUUUCCCAAUACACGACCGUGCAUAAGACUCAUAGUGAGAGAUGCCUCCUGCAAACAAACCGGCGAGAAAAGAUGACUCACCGCUUGAGUUGGCGUGUGAGUGGGGUUCUUGUCAAGAGUCAUUCGAUCAGAUGCAGGAGUUCUGCGGGCAUGUGGAGGGUCACUUCAAGGCGCUGGACAUAGAGGAAGGUGACAAUUUCUCAUUUGAGGAGCACAGUUGUAUAUGGAAAGACUGUGGGUUCUGCUCUGUGGAGAGUGCUGAGGAGUUGAAGCGCCAUGUGUAUUUUCACUGUUACCACACCAAGCUGAAGCAGUGGGGCCAGGGGGUAUUCAAGGCCCAGCCCAGCCUCGGCACCUGCACCAUUGGCCUCCACAACCGCAACAUCGUGCCUGACAUAACAGACAACUUCMUCUGCCAGUGGGAACAAUGUGAGCAACCCUCUCUGGUCAACCCAGAGUGGUUCUACCGCCAUGUGGAGAUGCACAGCAUGUGUAUGGACGUACCCUCUGCUGAUAAGGAGACAUUGGUGUGCUGUGGCUGGAAGGACUGCGAGGCCAAGUUUAAAGGGCGUUUUAAGCUGCGGGAGCACCUGCGGAGCCACACUGGGGAGAAGGUGGUGGCCUGCCCAAUCUGUGGAGGGAUGUUCGCCAACAACACCAAGUUCUUUGACCACAUCAGACGGCAGACCACCAUCGAGGGUCAGAGGUUUCAGUGCUCCCACUGCUCCAAGCGCUUUGCAACGGAGAGACUACUGCGGGACCACAUGAGGAAUCAUGUCAACCACUACAAGUGUCCAUUGUGUGACAUGACCUGCCCGUCCCCCUCAUCGCUGCGGAACCACAUCAAGUUCCGCCAUAGCAAGGAGAAGCCUUACAGCUGUGAAUACUGCGAGUACAGCUGUAAAAACCUUAUCGACCUUCGUAAACACCUGGACACCCACAGCACUGAGCCGGCCUACCGCUGUGACCUCACUAACUGUGACUACACCACACGCUCACUGCACUCCAUCAAGAACCACUACAAGAAAGUACAUGAGGGAGAUUUUGUGGCUCGCUACAAGUGUCAUGUCUGUGAGCAGUGCUUCACUAGGGGAAACAACCUCACUGCCCACCUCCUCAAGAAGCACCAGUUCAAAUGGCCCUCCGGACACCCCCGAUUCAGGUAUAAGAAACACGAGGACGGCUUUAUGCGUCUGCAGCUGAUUCGCUAUGAGAGCGUGGAGCUAACUGAACAACUGAUGAGAGAGAGACCGGAGGGCCAGGAGGGGGAGGAGGGAGACGACGCUUCCCAGACAGAUAGCCUGGGGCCUGGGGAGGACGAGGAGGAUGCCAGGGCGGUAGCACACUCCACGGACAUACAGGUGGAGAUGAGAGGGGUGCUGUUGGAGGAGGGUGGGGUGGGGGAUCAGGGGGAGGGGGUGUUCUAUGUUCUGACUAGUGGUGACCCGUCUCAGGCAGGGGAGGACACUGUGAUGCUACAGGACACUGCUCAGCAGCUUGGCAUGCAGGUCGUAUAACUACUACAACCCCUCACACAUACUGCUCCUCUCAUGGCUCUCGCAUCUGGGCAGUGACCCAGCACAGAGAGGCACCAGGACUUAAGGAAUGUUGAGACGGAAGAGCUGCACCUGUCACUAGGCACACCUGUGUGAGGAGGAGGACCUCUUCAAGGGUUCAGAGUAUGGAGGGAAAUUAACAGUGGCUCCUAAAUAUUGCGAUUCAACCAGCAGAGCUGGCCUUAUCUGCCCUCAGUGCAGGGCACAUGCUUCACAGCACAAAUUUUAGAAGAUGUGGAGUUGAACUGAAGAGGUGUUUUCCAACAUCUGAUCCAUCAUUUGUGGAGACCCAGACAGUUGCUAUGUUUUGCAUCAUAAACAUUUUUGAGCUAAACUGAAGGGACUCGAUAGGGGUAGCCUAUAUUAUAAUGCAGGAUCAAUAAAUGAACCAGCUAACUUGCGUAAAUGUGACUUGUUUCAGGAAACUMUCCGUAUGUCAAGCGUCACUACUUCACAGGAGGCAUUUGAACGUAAACUUUUA